AUGACUGCCGAUUUGAGAGAGGCCAUGGCCCUGGCCCCUUGGGGCCCAGUGACGGUGAAAAAGGAGGAGGAAGAGGAGGGAAACUUCCUAGGGCAGGCAUCCAGCCAGCAAGUGCUCUCUGAGAACGUGCCAGUCUGGCCUCCUGGAGAGGGUCCUCAGCAAGGCCUUGAUGUGGCAGAGCAGGAGGAAAAGGGUCAGAACAUGUUCUGGGACAUGGCGGUAGUCCUGAAGGCAACACAAGAGGUGCCUGCUGCUGCAACCCUCAGCGGCUACUCGUUACUAGGGAAUCUGGCCAGGAGCGAGGUACUGGAGACUCAUGGGAACGUGGCCUCUCUGGGAGCCGAAACCAAGAACCCACAGUUACUGGUUCCAAAAACUGAAAUAUGUGAUGAAGCAGAAAAACCCUUCCUGAUACCAGGAAGAACCCAGAAAGCUGCCUCUCAAGGACUGGAGUUAGGAGAAAGGUGUGGAAAGGGGACCAUGUUAAAGAGGCAGAGAAUCAAGAGGGAGAAGAAAGACUUCAGACAAGUGGCCGUGAAGGACUGUCACAUGCCUGAAAGCUUCAAAGAAGAGGAAGACCAGAAAUGUCAGAAAUCCAGGGAAAGAUACCGCCUUGGUUCCGGCCCCGUCAGAAGCCAGAAAAGCCAGCCGGGGCAGAAACCUUUUACCUGCAGCGUGUGUGGGAAAGGCUUUAGCCAGAGCGCCAACCUGGUCGUGCACCAGCGAAUCCACACUGGGGAGAAGCCCUUCGAGUGUCACGAGUGUGGGAAGGCCUUCAUUCAGAGCGCCAACCUGGUCGUGCACCAGCGAAUCCACACUGGACAGAAGCCCUACGUGUGUGCCAAGUGUGGGAAAGCCUUCACUCAGAGUUCCAACCUGACGGUGCACCAAAAAAUCCACUCCUUAGAGAAGACCUUCAAGUGCAGUGAGUGUGAGAAAGCCUUCAGUUACAGCUCCCAGCUUGCUCGGCACCAGAAGGUCCACAUCACGGAAAAGUGCUAUGAAUGUAAUGAGUGUGGGAAGACAUUCACUCGGAGCUCCAACCUCAUCGUCCACCAGAGAAUCCACACCGGGGAGAAGCCCUUUGCCUGUGGGGACUGCGGCAAGGCCUUCACCCAGAGCGCCAAUCUUAUUGUGCACCAGCGAAGCCAUACUGGUGAGAAGCCAUAUGAGUGUAAAGAGUGUGGAAAGGCCUUCAGUUGUUUUUCACACCUGAUUGUGCACCAGAGAAUCCACACUGCAGAGAAACCGUAUGACUGCAGCGAGUGUGGGAAAGCCUUCAGUCAGCUCUCUUGCCUUAUCGUGCACCAGAGGAUCCACAGUGGAGACCUUCCUUACGUGUGUAACGAGUGUGGGAAGGCCUUCACCUGCAGCUCCUACCUGCUCAUUCAUCAGAGAAUCCAUAACGGGGAGAAGCCGUACACGUGCAGUGAGUGCGGCAAGGCCUUCCGGCAGAGGUCGAGCCUCACCGUGCACCAGCGGACGCACACCGGGGAGAAGCCCUACGAGUGUGAGAAGUGCGGCGCCGCCUUCAUCUCCAACUCGCACCUCAUGCGGCACCACAGGACCCACCUGGUCGAGUGACAGGUCGGGGUGCAGACGCCUCUGCUGCCGCCUUCCUCCUUUGUAAAAAGGAGGCCUGCUCUGUCCUUGAAAAUCACAUCUUUUGGGAGCACAGCACAAAAGACAAGCAUUUCAGGGGCAGAGGUUCAGAAAAUGGAAACAAAGUGCCCACAAGCAAGCGAGGACUUUGUUUCUCGCUGUCCCCUCAGCGGCGACCUUGCCCAUGAGAGAGUGUGGCUUUCCCAGAAAUGGGUCUUAUGAGGCUAGGUGAUAAAGGUCCCAUUUGGGGAAAGGUAAUUUUAAGCUAAAUUUUGUUUUUUUAAAGUGGUAAUUUCACUUGGGGUAGCAAUUCUCCAGCAACUCACCUAUGAAUAUUUAUAAGUUUUCCAUUCCCUAGGUAAUCAAAGCAUUUUUAAUAAGCCCGUUUACUGUCUACUGCUCCUAAAAUGGACAAAAGCGAGAAAACCGCUGUUCCCCUCGUCGUCCAUACCUCGUGGACCCUCGUGUGGCAGAGCCGUGGGGGGCCCAGUUGAGCCUCUCCCCACCGUUUCCCAGUCUGCAUGGCCGAGCCCCUGAGGAUGGAUGGAGAUGGUGCACUGGGGCCACUUCGUGCGUCUCCCCAUAACCCUGGCUCCCGUGGUCUGUCUGGUGAGAUGCUCCCCUCAGCCCUUUCCCGGGAGAGGAGUCGGGAGAAGCUGGCCUGGAGGCAGGCCCGUGUUUUCUCCCCAGUCUAGGCGACAUCCCCACUUUCUGGAUGGUCUUUAGGAGGGAAAAUGGGACCCUUCUAACUCUGAGGGGCCCAAAGAAGGAAGAGAGGAGAGGGAGGGGUGGGGUGGGGUUCGUGAGGUGUGUGUGUGUGUUUUGAGCAGUUCAGAGGUUUUGAAAUGUGAAAUUUUUGAAAGGAUGAAGAAACUGUGUAAGGUAAGAUACCUGUUGCCACUGAGCCUUUACUCUUGGGAAGUGAUUUAUGAAACUAUGCAGUAGGGGGAGCUGCGCAGCCUUGCCUUGUAUUUGUAUGGAGCUGAUUCUUAGUCGGUGCACCUUCACGUAUGGACAGCAUCAAGACACCCAGCGCUCCCCUCGUGCCUCGUGGAGGUCAUUACCUUAGUCCUUGUGGCACUGAGCGAGCUGUGUGCCCCAUUCACCUGGGAGUGGUCAUUUAAAGCAAGGCCACGUGACAAGUGACCGCCUGUAUUCAGUCUAAGACCCACAUCCAGAUUCUCUUGGUUCUGCCAUGCUGCUUGUCCAGCCACCUGUAAUCCCUGCCCAGACCCUGUGGGAAGCCGAGAAAGGGGUAUGUGGUCUCGUUUUUAGGUAGGGAAGCUGAGGUGACAGAUUUUGAGGUGUGCCUUAAGCUGUGUGACUAGCAGACAGCAGAUCUAAGACUGGAGCGUAAGUCUCCUAACCUCUGAGUCCGUCCACCACUGCCUGGUAGCAUCAAGAGCACUUGUCAUGAAUGCCGUACCUGGUGAUAGGCAGUGUGGGGCGACUCCGCAUGCACAAGGCCCGAGCUUGCUCGUUCUCAUUUCUGCAAGACUGAGUGUUAAUCGUCAUGGUGUUUGGUAAUUUACAGAGCACUUUCACAUACAGAAGGCAUGCACGAGAAAGCUUAUUGAUUUCCUCUUUUUCCCCUUCAGCUACAGUCUUUCGUCAAAGCGCAUGCAACUUCCUUUCCCCAUGCCACCCUGAAUCAGACACAAACACAAAAAUCAAAAUCCAAUAGUAAGAAUCAGAAAUGGCCAAGUCCUCACUAACCCUGGCAGUGACUGUUUCCGCCCCGUGUGGAAGUGGAGAGAGGACGCCACGGGUCUGUUAGAAUAGGAGCCAGUGAAGAGUCCCCCCAACCCAGCAUGAUCAGGAAGCUCAAAAAAGGGAGAGCAGGUGUGAAGUUAGGCUGACUUACCAAGAGGCUAAUGGUAUACUUUCCUGGGAGCUGUCACCUGGGGUGUGUGAGCGUUAGGACAGGUAGACUGCGUUUAGCUGUACGUUGCAUAUUCAUCCUCAUACUCAGUCGUGCGUGAUUGUAACUCACUGGCAGAAGAGUUCCAUUCGCACGUGGUUCAGCAGAGCCACUGGGUGAUUGUGCCCUGCAGCUACAUUUGGGAACCCGUGACCCAACGCUGCAGUAAAGCAGCAGUUUUCAGCCUGGACUGCGCGUCACCGAGGGCUCUUUACAUUUUUUCUCUUUUUAAGUAUAUUUUAUUAAUUAUGCUAUUCUAGUUGUCCCUUUCUUUUCUCUCCUUUGCCCCCCCUCUGCUCAGUGCCCCCAUUCCCUUCAGCAAUGCUCCCCUUAGUUCAUGUCCAUGGGUUGUACAUACAAGUUCUUGGGCUUCUCCAUUUCCUGUAGUACUGUUAUCCUCCCCCCGUCUAUUUUGUAUCUGCCAAUUAUGCUUCUUAUUCCCUGUACCCUUUCCCACAUUCUCCCCCCUUCCCAACUGAUAACCCUCCCUGUGAUCUUCAUUUCCAUGAUUCUGUUCCUGUUCUAGUUCACUUAGUUUGUUUUUGUUCUUUUGUUGGGGGGGGGGUUAGGUUCGGUUGCUGACAGUUGUUGACUUUGUUGUCAUUUCCACUAUUCACAGUUUUGAUAUUUUUCUUAGCUGAGUCCCUUUAACAUUUCAUAUAAUAAGGGCUUGAUGAUGAUGAACUCUUUUAACUUGACCUUAUCUGGGAAGCACUUUAUCUGCCUUUCUAUUCUAAAUAAUAGCCUUGCUGGAUAGAGUGAUCUUAGAUACAGGUUUUUGCUCUUCAUGGCUUUGAAUACUUCUUGCCAGCCCCUUUUUGCCUGCAAAGUUUCUUUUGAGAAGUCAGUUGAUAAUCUUAUGAGGAAUGCUUUAUAGGUAAUUCUCCUUUUCUAUUGCUGCUUUUAAGAUUCUUUCUUUAUCCUUAACCUUUGGCAUUUUAAUUAUGAUGGGUCUUGGCGUGUCCCUCUUGGGGUCCAACUUGUUUGGAAUUCUCUGAGCUUCCUGGACUUAGAUAUCUGUUUCCUUCACCAAAUUGGGGAAGUUUUCUUUCAUUAUUUUUUCAAAUAAGUUUUCGGUUUCUUGCUCUUCCUCUUCUCCUGGCAACUCUGUGAUUUGGAUGUUGGUAUAUCUGAAGUAGUCCCAGACUCUCCUUUUUUUGAAUUCUUGUUUCUCUGUUGUGUCCUGGCUGAAUGUUUAUUUCUUCCUUUUGUUCCAGACUGUUGAUUUGAGUCCUGGUUUCCUUGCUUGCUGGGCCUACCUAGUCUGUGGCGUGGGUGAGGAGGGGAAGGAAGUAGGAAGGGAGGGGUUGGGGAAGGGCUCCAAAGAGCCUAGUGCCUCUGGAAGUCUGGUGGCCAGUGGCAGCCACUUAGGACGAGGGCCUGGUAUUGACUUUGCUGGGCUGGCCACCAGGCAGCUUCCUUGUGGCUUCCUGGGCUAGGUCACAGGUGACUGUGCUGCCAGAGGCCUGGGGAGGCGGCAAGUGCUCUGGGAAUCCAGCGCUGUGGCCAUGGAGGAGAGGGUGGACUUCCCGAAAAAGCAGCUCUCCCACUAGUGACCCGGGUCAGCCUGGGAGGGCCCAGGGUGGGGGGUGAGGCUUCCCCAGGGUACUUGGCACUUCUGCCCAAGCAGUUCCUGGAAGUGGAGCCCAGGUAGUGCUGGUGGUAGUCGUGGGUGGCCACAUGUGAGCCUCUGGAGGGACGGCUGCCACACUCUUGCUUGUGGGUUGAUGGGCACCUUAGUGGUGACCCCUCAUGGACCUCAUUGCCUAAUCAUAGGUGGCAGGAGUGGGUUCUCUAGACCAUGGAGCCCAUUUGCAGGGGAGAGCACGAGAAGCCGACCUGUGACUGCGAGGAGUAGGGGUCUGUACACUUUAUAAUAGGAGAGGUGGGGCUGUAUCUCAUCGUCAGAGUCUGCUCAGGUCGGGGUCGUCUCCCUUCGGCAGGUCUCACGAGAAGUGGGUGGGAGCUCUGAAGCCUCGUUAUCUGAAGUUACCGAGAGCUGUCAUCAGGGCAUCAGGGGCUGAGCGAGGAAGCUUGUCCCCACUCUUGAGGGAGCCCAGCUGAUGUGCAUUGACAUGGAGCCCAUGGUAGGAAGGUGGUAACACGUCGGAUACAUGCUGUGGGAGCACGUGGUGGGAGAGGCUUCCUCAGCACACAUGUGCUCUGCACGGUUGGCCGUGAGUCGCUCUAGGAUGGGGCACAGGUGUGCCUGGGCACAGCUGAGCUGCUGCGCUCUGCAUCCGGUCUCUUCCCCACCCGGACAGUUGUCCUCCCCCUCCUGUCGCUUCUCCACCUUCCACUCCAUCCAGUGAGCCCGACCUUUCUGGGCUCACAGCCACUUUGAGGAUCUGAUGGAGGUUGUGGGUCCUCUUGAGAAAUGCAGUGGCCCAUUCAGUGCUGUGCUCAUUUUAGGGACAUCCUGGCUCCCUGAGGCCAAAUCCCGUAUCCUCCAGGCCCCGAGGCUCACCUGGGUGUGCUGCGGUCAUCACCAGGGACAAUUUCAAAACAGGUGAGACUACAAAGGUUACUUCCGAAUUCCCUCCCUCAGCAAAUCGUGGCAUUAUUAACCCCCCCAGCUAGAAACCCAGGAGGCAUUCCGGCUUCCUGUGUAUCACACUUACGAUCAUUACAGAAAUGUUUAUUGUGCACUCCCCUUGUGGCAGACACGGUCCUAGACCCAGGGUGCCUGAGCAAACAAGGUCUGCCAAACCCUUUCCUCGCGUCUUCUGUGGGACACCGUCUGGUUCUAUUCGCACUGUUGCCUAAGAUCGUCAUAGUGUCUUUCCAGCCUCCUCUCUGCUCCCUGCAGGCCUUUCACUGCAGCCGGGAGGCUCGUGCUCGCGCCUUUGUUGCCUCUGCCUCCUCACCGCCACUCCCCCGCCGGCCCCCGCCUACUUAGCCCACGGAGGUUUCUUUUCAGAUUUGCUUCCAGCCCCAUCUCUGGGAUGCCUCUAUGGGCCUAUGGCCAAGGGCAUACGUACUUAGAAGUGCACCGAGAAACACAGGAGGGCGUGACAUGAUACGUGCCCAGAGUUUUACUCUGUGCUUUCAAGCGGAAACAAUCUGGGCUGAAAAUUGUGUAUGUAGUACAGUCCUCAUACUGUUACAUACACUGGUAAAAAGUGCAGAUAAAUGACCUGAAAGAAACAUACACAGAUGGCCAGGUGGUUGAGUGGCGUGUUCACAGCCUGCUGGGGGCGAACGGCGGGCCUUAUUAGGCUCGGCCCCAGGCCCUGUGGGUGAUCAAAGAGCUUUUUAAAAAGUAAUUUCUAUGUCUCCUAUAAGGAGCAAGAAUUUUAUAAUCAGGAAAAAUAAAUUAUUUAUUAUACGUACAGACUUAGUUUUCAUUGUACUAACUGUAAACAGUGUCUCGGUUCCAUUGUGUUAGAUGGGGGUGCACCUGCCCUCUCUCUCCUUCCCUUUUCCACCUCUGCCCUGGGACAGUGUCAGGUCUGAUGACCCUUCACUUCUGGUCUGUAACCAUAGGCAGUCUCUCUUUAUGCUUUGUUUAUUGAUUUGUUCUAAAAGCUGAAAAGAGCUGGCAGGAGUGUCAUUGUGACUGCAAAUGUUGUCCACUGCAGGUCUGAGUAGCUUACUUUGAUUAUACUUCCUUUUUGGACCAGACUUGUGUUUUUACUGAAGUUCUAGUUGGCUUUUCCUCUUGUACUGGUUGCUUUUAGCGUGUCCUCAGUGUGUGUGUGUGUGUGUGUUUCAAAUUCUCCCUCCAGUUACUCUCUUGAGUCCCAUUUUCCCCUAUUUCCCACCCUGAGCCCUGCGCCUCCUGUUCUCGUCUGUCCUGGGGUCUUCCUGCCUGCAGUUCUGUUGCUACACUGGCUCUGUUGUGUCCUGAAUUCCCAUCUUCCUCUUUCUUCAUUAACUCCCUCACUUUACUGCAGCGCAGCCUCAAGACACAGCACACAGAAGGCAAAGUUGUUAAAUGCUUAUAUACCCAAAACUCUGCUGUCACACUUGUUGGGCACUUUGGUUGGCUCUGGAAUUCUUGAUUGAAGAAUUUUCUCAGAAGUUUGUGGAUGUCAGAUUCCAAUAUUAUUCCUGUUUCUUUGACAAUAAAUAGUAGUUGUAUUAUUGUGAUCUGUUCCCCCACCCCAAUGCCAAGAAGCUCUUGGAGUCUCUACUUUGCCCUGGCUGGUGUGGCUGAGCUGGCUGGACUGUCCUGUGAACCAAAAGGUUGCAGGUUUGAUUCCCAGUCAGGGCACAUACCUAGGUCACAGGUUCAACCCCCAGUCGGGGCAUGUACUGGAGGCAACUGAUUAGUGUUUUUCUCUCACAUUGAUGUUUCCCUCUCUCCUUUUCUUUCUACAAUAUAUAAGAAAUGUCGUCAGGUGAGGAUAAGUAAUAACGGUAAAGUACCCACUGUAUUCUUGGUGUACUCAACUUUCUAAUGUUCUCAGUGGGAUUUUCUCAGUACUCAGGUACUCUUACUCUUGGGAAUUUUCUUGUGUUAUUUAUAUGACAAUUUUCUCCUUUCCAGAUUUUUUUUGUUUUUUAUUAUUUCUGGAAUUCCUGUCAAUCAAAUGUUAGAGCUUCUGGAUUGAUCCUCAACUACUUUCUCUAUUAUUUUCAUUUCCUUGUGCCAUUUCCUGUGAGACCACCUUGAUUAUUUCUCUACCUUUCUAGUGAAUUUUUCAUUUUGGCAGUAAUCAGUUUAAUUUCUAAGAGAGUUUUCUUGUUGCUUUUUUGUAGCAUAGAAAAGACUGGCAGGAGCCCUGGCUGGCAUAGCUCAGUGGAUUGAGCGCCGGCUGCAAACCAAAGGGUCACCAGUUCAAUUCCUAGUCAGGGCACAUGCCUGGGUUUCGGACCAGGUCUCCAGUAGGGGGUGCGGGAGAGGCAACUGAGGCAACUGCACAUUGAUAUUUCUCUCCUCUUCCCCUCUCCCUAAAAAUGAAUAAAUAAAAUCAUUUUAAAAAAAGACUGGAAGGGAAUAAUGCGCCUGGUGUCGACACUGGUUAGGCUUUCUUGCCUUGCCUGCGUGUUUUUUACAUUGAGCCUGAAUCUUUUAUGACCGGGAAGCAGGUUAAUAAAAGGGAAUCUUGUGGCCACACACAGCGGUGAGUUCUCUUGGAGUGUGGGGGCUGGGCUGUGAGAGGAGAAUCCUGGAGACCACACAGGCGGCUUUUGUCAGAGUGCAAGAGGGACCGUGAGAUUCUGACCCAGUGAGUGGUAGCGGGUCAUGAGGGAUGGAUGGAGUGGGCCGGGGGGACAGUCCACAAACUCCCACACCAGAGAUCCGGGCCUCCACACCCUAGUGAGAUGUUACCUGCGACAAACAGGGCUGGCCCAGGCCAGAAGAGCCCUGGGCCCAGGGGGGUCUUUGUGCUUCUUCAAGGUCACCCUGUGCAUUCGCAGUGGCCAACACAUCUGUGGUGUUGGGAGGAGAGUGGGGGAGGCAGCCCGAGCCAGUAGGUAGGUUGUAACCACGCAGUCAGUUGAGGGGUUCCUGUGUGCUGGGCUCCGUGCUAAGUGCUGGAGGUCCCUUAUCUCAGUGAGGUUCUCUUGUCCCGUUUAUAGAGCCUCAGUCAGGGCUAGAAUAACUGAGGCCGGACCUGCGCCCUUCUCCCAGGCCACCUCCUCAGUGCGCCUCUGGGCACCCCCCCUCAUCUCAAGUACAGAAGCAAAAGUGAAGAGUAAGUCUGCCAGCCCCGGGUACCCAGAGAAAACCAUGGUAAAAAAAAUCUUGAUGAUCCUUCCAGAGAUAGUUCACACAUUUACAAUAUUCUGCACACCCCACCCUACCCCCCCCCCAACACUGUCUCCACACCUUGCUUUUCACUUGUCUUGAAGAUGGUUCUAUGUUGGCCUAUAAGAUCUACCUCAUUCUUUGUUUUCACUGCCAUGUGGUCUUCCGUUGUGUGGAUGUGCCGUGAUGCGUGCAGGUGGUUUUCUGCACCUUGCUGUUUGUCAUAAACAGUGCCAUGCUGAACGCCCUGGCACACUCUCCUGGGCGUGUGAGCCACUUCGCAGGAUAAACUGACACAGGUGACUGCAUUUGAUAUUUUGAUAGAAACUGCAUAUGACUAUGUGUAUGAAAGUGCCCAUUUCCCUGAAUUCUCUAUAAAACUAUUGUUUUCUGACCUGAGAAAUGAAAAAUGCUCUCAUGUUUUGCGUUCAGUUGUGAGUGAAACUGGUUAUCGUGCCUCGUGCUUAAAAGCCAUGUAUGCUUCCUUUUUUUCUGUGAAUUGCUUUUUCAUGCUCUUUAGCAGUCUUUCUGUUGGGCUGUUAAUCCGUUUGAGAAUUGAUUUGUACAAACUGUAGUAAAGAAAUUACUCUUUUACCUGC